GUCCUUAACCCCAAUGUUCAGUUGACCGCCGGCUUUCUCUUGUAUAUACAGAGAGAAUCACGCGCAUUUUCCCGCAAAAAUGGACCGAGUAUAGUUCGAACGUAAACAACAAUUCAAUCCACCAACUCUCUCUCUCUCUCUCUCUAGGCGGCGGACUUGUGGAAUUUGGGUCUUGGUUUCUUCACAGCCAAUAAAAUACGGUGGCUGUUUUGAAAAAGCCAGGCCGAACUUUGUCUGUACUUCCGAUUUCUUUGCUUUGAAUCUAUCUCAUUGUGAAGCGGUGCGAUAAUUGGCUGGAAUCGACUUCGGGCGGCGAACAUGAGGAUGGUAGCGGCGGGAGAGGAAGGCGGAGGAGGAGAAGGGGAGGGGAUAGCGAGGAGGUUGUGGAUCAAGUUCAAUAGUGAGUCGGUCUUCGCGCUUUACACGCCGUUCGUGGUCUGUCUGGCGUCCGGAGUGCUGGAUCCUCAAUCUUUUGUGCGGUGUAUCUCUCAGGAUGCCUUCUUCCUUCAAGCUUUUGCACGGGCGUAUGAAUUGGCGGAAGAGUACGCGGACGAUGAAGAAGACAAGGAUGCGAUUGGCAAGUUGAGGAAACGAGUUCUGAAGAGGCUUGAUAAUCGUGACGAUCUUGUCCGAAAGUGGAAAAAACUUGAAUGCGAGUGGUCAAAUCAUACCCUGGAUUUUCGUGCGUUGAUCUUGCUUGAUUUGCGGAAUCUAUCCUCUUGUGUGGUAGCUCUGGUCCUCCCGUUGAUCAGAAAAAGAUUUCUGUUUAUCCAUCAAAUUGAUUGUGAUCUGGUGCACAAAAUUAAGGAGUGGGGCUUCGACCUUCCAAGCGAGAGAAUUUCUGUCAGUGCAACAGUUAAAUACACAGAUUUCUUGCUGGCUACAGCUUCGGGUAAAGUUGAAGGAGAAAAGUCUCCAGGUAAUAUUGCAACUCCUUUUGAGAAGACAAAACUUGCUGCAUAUACAUUUGCUGCUGUGGGACCUUGUAUGAGACUUUAUGCAUUUAUAAGCAAGGAGAUCCUGACUCUUCAAGAACUUGAUCAAAGCAAUCACAUCUACAAGAAGUGGAUUGACAAUCUAGCGUCCCAAAAUUAUGAGGAAACAGCAUUUCAGAUUGAAAACUUGCUUGACAAAUUAAGUAUCUCUUUGACCGGCGAAGAGCUCAAAAUUAUAGAAAAACUCUACGAGCAAGCUGUGAAGCUUGAAGUGAAGUUCUUUUCUGCUCAACAAAUUCUCCAGCAAACUGUAGUCCCCUUUUAUCAGCCUGAUGUCCCAGUGGAAAGAACUCUUAGAAUAUUUUGUGAUUUUGACAUGACAUGCACUGCUAUUGAUUCCACUGCGCUGCUGGCAGAGAUUGCAAUUAGAACAGCAUCAAAGGCUGAUCUGAAUGGAUAUGAAACCCAACUGACUACUUGUAUGUCAUCAGCUGAUCUGAGGACCACAUGGGCUGCUCUUUCCAGCCAGUACUCUGAAGAAUAUGAACAAUGUAUGGGAAGCAUCAUGGCUGGUGAAAAAGUGGAGGAAUUCAAUUAUGAAGACCUGUGUAGAGCACUUGAGCUACUGUCAGAUUUUGAGAAAAAGUCGAAUUCGAGAGUAAUCGAGUCCGGCGUACUGAAAGGCUUAAAUCUAGAGGACAUAAAUUGGGCCGGUGAACACCUCGUUCUCCAAGAUGGUUGCAAAGGAUUUUUCCAAGAGAUGGUAAAAUGUGAAAAUCUGAAGACAGAUGUUCAUGUACUAUCAUACUGUUGGUGUGGUGAUCUCAUACGGGCUGCUUUUUCAUCAGGGGAGUUGAAUGUUAAGAAUGUUCAUUCAAAUGAGUUGGAAUAUGAAGAAUUAGUCACCACAGGUGAUAUCAUCAAGAAGGUGGAGUCUCCCAUGGAAAAGCUUCGAGUGUUCAAUGACAUUACAGAGGGCAGUAGCAAACUUGGCGAGCACUUCACAGUUUAUGUUGGAGGUUCAGUGGGUGAUUUACUUUGCCUGCUGAAGGCAGAUAUCGGGAUCGUGAUUGGUUGGGACUCCAGUCUAAGGAGGGUGGGAGAUCAUUUUGGUAUAUCUUUUGUCCCUUUAUUCUCUGGCUUAGUCACGAAACAGAAAGAACUAACCAAGGGCUGCACUUCAAAUUGGAAGGGCGGCCCUUCUAGCACUCUUUACACUGUAUCUAGCUGGGCUGAGAUACAUGCUUUCCUUUUGGGGUUAUAGCCAUAGGGUAGAGACCUCUCCACAGACAACAAAUAAAGCAAUAAGCAUAAAACAUAGAAUGAAAACAAUAACAUAUGCUAAGAUAAUUCUGUUUGGUGGUUACAUUUUACCAAUUACCAAUUACCAGUGUUCGGCCCUUAUCAUCUAUUUUUCGAUCAAGGACUGGCUUUCAAAUAUGAACCAUCCCAUGCUAGGGACCGAAUGUCCUAUGCUAGUUAGCUUAAUCAGGCAGUAAAGGCACUUUGCACCUUUUGUUUUUUCUUACGUUUCCCCCAUUUUGGUUCACCCCUCGUGUGGUGCAUUAUGCUUCUUCUUCUUCUUUUUUAUCAAUAGUGUUCUUUUAUAACUUAGGAUAUGUUUGAUAGCAUUUAGUUGGAAAAGAAAAUAUUUUCCAACUUACAAGAAAAACAAAAACCACCCCUCCUAGAAGCAAUUUUUCAUGAAAAAUAGAGCAAAACAUGUUUUAAAGGAUUGUACCAGCAAAAAUGGAAUUCAAUUCUUCGGAUGUGAUAUUUUUUAUAAAAUUUUCAUGUCAUCAAACACACCUCUUAACACCUCUUAUUGUUGAGUGUGAGAAUUGAAUUGAGAAAGGGGGAUAAAAGUGUCGUCCUCUUUCCUCUAGAGGCUUCGGAAUUGUCUCGGUUUCCUGGUUUCAAAGGUUGAUUUCAGAUGAACCAACUAGGCAAUUGUGAGCAUAAUGAACGGGUAUCUGCCUUUAAGGGCCUUUUAUUCCACCCCACAGAUGCUUCUUUUUUCCUUUCUUCUCAUGCCACGUUGUGAAGACCCCUAUGUAAAACCAUGAAGAUGGUGAUUGAAAGUGGAAAGAGAUUAUUUAUGAUUUCAA